AUGCCCGACCGGCGCCGAGUGUGCUGGCGGCCUCAGCAUGCCGACAGCUGCCGAGGGCUAUGCGCCGACAGGCGACGUGGCCUUUUUCAUCAAGUGUCCCGACGAGAACGCGUGUAUGGGCGAGGGCAGGUGCGCGCACGGAACCGGCGAUCGGCUCUGUGCCCGCUGCAUGCCCGGCUUUUUGCGUCGGGCCCCGAGGGCAAGUGCGCUCGGUGCAAGGUUGGGCCGCGCGGCACAGGCGUUGUUCUCGGCGUCCUCGGCCUGCUUGUUCUUGGCCUUGUCUCUGGCUACGUGCUUGUGCAGCGCGAGUCUGUCCGGCCGCUUGCGCUGCUGAUGGGCUCGACCCAGCUUCCAGAGCAGUCAGUUUGGCGCCGGCUGAGAGUUCACACCGGGCGGAUCCAGGCUGUGGCGGCCUCGCUUGCGGUUGAAGCCGGCGUUGUUGUGCUUCUUGCGGUUUUUGGCCUCGCCGAGGCGUGGGAAGUGGCUGCGCUCGCCAUCGGCCUCGUCGCGCUCACGGUGUACGCGGUGGCCGACAAGAGCUCGCGCGCGUUGCGCGCCGAGGCUGUGCUCAAGACCACGGUCGUGUUUCUGCAGUCGCUCGCGGUUGUGCUCGCAGCAUCUGACGGCUCUCUCGAGUCGUCUACCGCGCUCAAGACGCUACACGGCAUACUCGAACGGGCAUCGCUCACACUCACUGGUCUCGCUUGUCUGCAAGUUGGGCCGGUCGGCGAGUUUUGGGUCUUUGUCGCCAUCGCCACAAGCCCGGCGCUAGUGUGCGGUGCGCUCGCGGCGAUGGCGCGAUCGCAGCAGGUGUAUGAGCGCGGCUUGCGCGGCGCUGGCACGCUAGCCUACCUCUUUGUCUUUCCGCUUGUCCAGCGCUCGCUGGCGCAAGUCUCGUGCGUGCCAGACCCGACCCCCGGCUCGUCGUACGAGUACCUCGAUGCUACGCCGUGGAUCCGGUGCGGGAGCCAUGCGCAGAUAGCGCUGGCAGGCUCGGCGGUGGCUGUCCUCGUUGCCGUCUGCUGCGGCGUCGUUUGGGUCUCGCGCAUCGUUUUGUCAGCACGAGCGCGAAAGAUGAUCCAUGUCGAGACCGAGUCCGAGCGGCGGGAGCUGUUGAGCAGUUUGCGGGGCAGACACGGCGAGGACGAGGACGAGCAUCCACUGGCCUUUCUUUGGGAGCCUUACCGUGAUGAAGCGUGGUGGUUCGAAGCAGUUGUGCUCGUGCGGCGAGUGGCGAUCGCGUGCAGCGUGGCGCUCAUCCCGCGGAAGUCUGUGUUUGUGGGUGGGGUGCUUGUGGCUAUUGUUGGCGUCUCGCUCGGCGUACACAUCCACCUCAAUCCGCUGCGCGACGCAGUGGCACAGUGGACAGAGAGCGCAGCACUGGUCGGUGUCCUCGCUGUUCUCCGGCUGACGGCCAUGAUGGACGAGGCUGGACCGUCGGCCGAGUCAGCGGUGCUAUCGUGGGGCGUGGUUGGCGUGGCGGUCGGAGUCGUCGGCACUGCAGCGUGUGUGGUUAUUGGUUCAUUGUGA